CGUCCCCCUCCAGGCCCUCCUCCCCUCUCCCUCUUCGUCGCCCCGGCCGAGAGGGGGGGCGCAAGCGCGACCCCCAAUUCCGCCGCCUCCGGCCGCCAUCGCCGCGGCCGGGGACCCCUCGUUGCCUCGGCUCGCCCAAUCCGAGCACGGACGCCGCGCGGUCCCUCCCUCCCUGCCCCGUCCUCCCUCCGCCGGACCCUCCACCCGACGCGGCGCGAGCGCGGGGCUCCCCGGUCCGUUGUUGCUCGUGACGGCGCCCGAAGCGCCGCUCCGCUCUCGGGAGUCUAGUGCUGACGGAGAUCCGUCGGGGGUCGGGACGAGCUCUUCCCGUGCUGGAUUUUUGUUAAUAAUGGGAGAGAAUAAAUGGAUGGGCAAAAGAUGGGAGGACAUGGACACUGAUGUCCUUGUGAAGAUAUUCAAGGAAUUAAAUUUGGUUGAGUUGUCACCAGUUUCCCAAGUUUGUCGAUUGUGGCGUUUGGCCUGUUCAGAUCCACUUAUUUGGGGCACUCUUGACUUUGGAUUGCUAAAAUCCAAUUUUAUUCAGACAAGGGCAUCACCAUAUAUUUGGGUUGAUGAUAGGUCUGACAAGAGACUUGCAAGGAUACUACGGGUGGCUAUGGCAGUUAGCUGUGGGAAUGUCAACUGCAUGAUAUUCCAUUACAAUUUGUACAUGAAAGAUGAGCACCUUCAUUUCAUCUCGGAAAGGUCUCCUCACCUAAAACGAUUGGUUAUGCCAGCAUGGAACCGCAUCACCAAAGUGGGAAUAUGCCAAGCUAUCCAAAGGUGGCAAGAGCUGGAAUCCUUGACAAUGCCUACUAUCGGACAUCCUCCGUAUAUUAUGGAAGAGAUAGGCAGAAGCUGCAAGAAUUUCACAGAACUUAAGAUCAUGGGCUCAUUUGAUCACAAUUUUGCCUCUGCGAUCUCACAGUUCCUUCCAAAGCUGAAGGUUUUGAGCCUUCGUUGCUCGAAAGUGAACAUGGAUGCACUGCAAUCUUUACUGCACAAGAUGGAAUAUCUUGAGGUUCUGAAUAUUUCCCACUGCCUGCUGUUGGUCGUUGCGGCAAACGGGCGGAAGCAAGUGGUUCAUGAGCUGGAUGGCCAAAUUCUCGAGAGAGCUUCACGGCUGCGUGAAUUCCAUUAUUGCCAGAGCAGGUCAUGCAUCACAUGCCAACGGAUGGUGGUGGAUGAAGGCAUCAUGCGCUGGUACAGAUACGAGGAUUGGUUUUGGCGUCGAGAUGAGGUCAGGUCCCUUGAUCUGCAAGAUUAUGGGAAGCUCUUUGAUGCUGGUUGCGAGAGGAUGACGUCCGUGGAGUAGAUGGCUAGUCCGGGUAUAAAAUCCGCCUCAGUGUAGAAACCUGUUGAUCUGGCAUUCGUAAACCAUAACAUAGCAAGCACCGAGUUGUAACCGUAGAUAAAUAAUGUUGACAGUAAUGUCAGUGAAUGUGUAGCUUGUGCUGUAAAUCCAUGAAUAGUUCGUCAUGUUUGAAUGUGGUUGUGAUAUUCUCAAUGGUGACUGCAACAGUAGAGUUUUACCCUAUGCUUAUGAUGUUGCAUGGAUGCCAGCUGAUUGUACAUUCGUUUUAUGCAUGGAAGGCCUUUUGCUAGUUGGAA